GGGGAGAGCGUCUCUCUCUCUCUCUCAGAUUUGCCUAUGCGCGCCUGAGGAAAAGGGAGUUUUGGUUGUCAGUUUGCAUCCUGAAGAAGUUUAGUUUGAGGACUGGAUGAGUAACAGAACACAGAGGAUCUCACCUUGAACACUGGAAGCUGUGCUAGAUGGAAAGAUUCUACUGAGGAAUUGCUUUGGACCCAUACUCGCUCAUCAGGCUGAGAGACUUUGAACUUUGAAGAUGACGACCACUCUUUCUGUGCUGCAAGAGGAACUGGCUUCUGUUGACAGUGAACUUCAGGCUCUCGAGGUCCAGGUUCAAGAACUUCUGGAACGCCAGCAGGAACUUAUUCAGAAGAAGUCUGUGCUGAAGAAGAAAAUAAGGGAGUAUUCUGAUGCGGAGAGCGGGGGGAGCAAAGACAUUGAAUCAGCACCGGAAGCUUGGAACAAGGAAGAUUUUCCAUGGUCUACAAAGAUCAGAGGAGAGUUGCAGAAGAGUUUUAAGCUUCAGAAGUUUAGGGCUUUGCAACUGGAAACUAUCAACGUUACAAUGUCAGGAAGAGAUGUGUUUCUUGUUAUGCCUACCGGUGGUGGAAAGAGUCUGUGUUACCAACUACCAGCUGUAUCUUCUGAUGGGUUCACCCUUGUCAUUUGUCCACUGAUCUCACUCAUGGAGGACCAACUAAUGAUCCUGGAGCAGCUGGGAAUUUCUGCAACUUUAUUAAAUGCCUCUAGCAGUAAGGAUCAUGUGAAGUGGGUUCAUGCUGAAAUGUUGGCUCGCAAUUCACAGCUCAAGCUGGUUUAUGUGACUCCAGAGAAGAUUGCCAAAAGCAAGAUGUUUAUGUCCAAGUUGGAGAAAGCUUACCAAGCGGGAAGGCUUACCCGCAUUGCAGUGGAUGAGGUCCAUUGCUGCAGCCAGUGGGGACACGACUUCAGGCCUGAUUACAAGUUGCUGGGGAUUUUAAAGCGGCAAUUUCCCAAUGCGCCAUUGAUCGGGCUGACUGCGACUGCAACGAGCCAUGUUCUGCAGGACGCGCAGAAAAUUCUGUGUGUUCAGAAGUGCAUCACCUUCACUGCGUCAUUUAACCGGCCCAAUCUCUACUAUGAGGUUCGGCAAAAGCCUUCGAAUGCUCAGAGUUUAAUUGAGGAUAUUGUUAAGCUCAUCAAUGGAAGAUACAAAGGCCUUUCAGGAAUCAUCUACUGCUUUUCCCAGAAGGAUGCGGAACAAAUCACCAUGAGUUUACAGAAACUGGGCAUCAAGGCGGGCACUUACCAUGCAAACAUGGAACCCAAAGAUAAGAGCAAAGUUCACAAGCGGUGGUCUGCUAACGAAAUCCAGGUUGUAGUGGCCACCGUUGCUUUUGGUAUGGGAAUCGAUAAGCCAGACGUGAGGUUUGUAAUUCAUCACUCAAUGAGCAAGUCCAUGGAGAACUAUUACCAAGAGAGUGGACGUGCAGGUCGGGACGACCAGAAAGCCGAUUGCAUCUUAUAUUACGGUUUUGGAGACAUGUUCAGAAUCAGCACGAUGGUAGUGAUGGAAAACGUAGGGCAAGAGAAGCUGUAUGCCAUGGUUUCCUAUUGCCAUAAUGUAACCAGGUGUCGCCGGGUGCUGAUAGCUCAUCAUUUUGACGAAGCUUGGGACUCUGCCAACUGUAACAAAAUGUGUGAUAACUGCUGUCGAGUUGAGCCGGUUGAGAAGAUGGACGUGAGCGGGUAUGGCAGGGACCUUGUCAAGAUUUUAGGGCAAGUGGACCAAAUGAAAGAAAAAUUCACGCCUCUGAAGUUGGUGGAUGCCUGGCUAGGGAAGGGGUUGUCCAAACUGGGGGUAGAAGUUGCUGCUCCCAACCUUCCCCGUGUUACAUUGGAAAGAAUCGUUGCCCAUUUGAUACUGCAGCGUUAUCUGAAGGAAGACUUCAGUUUCACUGCAUUUGCUACUAUAUCCUACGUGAAGAUAGGGCCUCGAGCUGAUCUCCUGAAAAAUAAGGCGCACGUUAUCACUAUGCAAGCGAUAGCAAGCGGCAAAAAUAGUACCAAGAUCCAGUCGCCUCCACUACGUAGCCUGGGAAGCCCAAGUGGAGAGAAACGGAAGUCUGCACCCAAAAAAGAGGAAGGGAAGCUUAAACAGUCUUCUUCCAAAUACCAUUUCCAAGCAAAGAAGUGUAAACUUCAAUCAGAUGAAGAGGAGGAGGAUGAGCUGACGAUCAUUGAAGAUUAAGAAAGGGGAUUUCUAUACUGUAUUUAAAUCUUCUCCUUUAGAGGGAAAGGCUACAGAUGAUGUAUCCUUAUUUAUUUUUCACCCAAAACAAAUCUAAUUACCCAGAAAGUGAAAGGACUCUACCAAGAAGACGAACAGUCCACCACUUUUUCCAAGGGGGUGGCAGCAGCUGAUGACAGAGAUUUCAAGAAGGAACGCAAAUGUUUUUUUUCUUGCCGCUUUUGUGAACUAUCUUAUAUAGUAUAUUUUGAAAUGGAAGUUUUGAGGUGGUUUCAGAGGGGCUUUAAAGUAUGUAUAGAAGACAAACUUGCCUCUCUUGCCUGUGUACCAACAAGAGUGCUUAUCAAAAUGACACUUUGAAUUGCUGCUUAUUGUGACGUGGAGAUUUUGCCUUGCAGUGACAACUGUCUAAAGAUCUACUUUUUCAUUGACUGUGUGUGACAUUCCGUUACACAGCAUCCAAAGAACCAACCUGUUUUUAGAAAUGGAAGAGUACUUGUGAAGACCAAAGGGGGCAGAGUCACCUGUUUUAUCUAAACAGACCUGGCGUAGGUGAGGAAGCACGAAUGCCUGGACUCUCCCUGCCUGCAGCAUGAUGUGAUGCAGAUAUAACAUGCUGAGUUUGUGCUCUCCACUCCUUAGAAAAGGGGGUGGUGGUGGUGAAUUAUACACACAGAUCUACAUUACAUAUUGCAGUGCAAGGGUGUGACCGAGAGCUCAGCAGCAAUAGGCUUCCUCAUUAUACUGUUUUGCUAUAUACGUGAAGCUGCCCGUGCUUCGUUAUCCGCUCCGAGGAAACAGAGCCAUGGCACUCUAAUGAACCGACAGCAUCCAGACUCCUCACUAAGACUCAGAUAUCCACAUUCCCCUGUGUGGCCUCCGC